ACUGCCCUGUGUGUGUGAGAGAGAGACAGGUACGUACCUCCUGCUUACCCACCUGCACGUUGCUAUAGCUUACCUAAGGGGAAUAAUGGUUAUCGGUUAUCAGCACGUGAUAGUAGGUAUCUCCUAGUCCACUUUGUACCCAUCUACCUCAGAUACCUGGGUACCCACCUCGACAUUAGCGUACCCGAGCUCCAGAAAUUUUUCCUUCCCUUUUUUUUCUUCCCCGGAGCUCCAUCGCAAACGACCAAACGUGCAACAAAAAAUUUCACCAGCAGAAAUCUCCCCCUCCCUAAUUGAAUCCGCAAACCUCCAUAACGCGACGGAAAUUUGCCGCCGUCGUCAUAACCUGCUCGACGCAAAGUUCGCUUGGUAAUAAUAAACUAUGGGCUUCCAGUCGAGAGGCGGCAGAGGAGGAGGAGGAGGAGGAUUCGGUGCCCCCCGUGGCGGUGGCCGUGGUGGUGGUCGCGGCGGAUUUAGCGAUAGGGGUGGACGAGGAGGCGGCCGCGGAGGCGGCAGAGGCGGCGCACGAGGUGGAUCUUUCCGCGGUGGCCGAGGCGGUCCGCCGAGGGGGGGGCGCGGUGGUCCGGCUCGUGGUGGUCGUGGAGGCAAGCCGGGCGGCGCGAGGGGUGGUGCCAAGGUCAUUGUGGAGCCUCACCGACACGAGGGCGUCUUCGUCUCGAGGGGUAAGGAGGACCACCUGCUCACCCGAAGCAUCGCCCCCGGCCUCGAGGUCUACGGCGAGAAGAGAGUCUCGGCCGAAUCUUCGACGAAAGACGAGGACGGCACGCCCAUCACCACCAAGGUCGAAUACCGAAUCUGGAACCCCUUCCGAAGCAAGUUGGCCGCCGGUAUCAUUGGCGGCAUCGACAAUAUCUAUAUGAAGCCCGGGUCCAAGGUCCUGUACUUGGGUGCUGCCUCCGGUACCUCUGUCUCCCACGUUUCAGAUAUCGUCGGACCCUCGGGAAAUGUUUAUGCCGUCGAGUUUUCGCAUCGAUCCGGCCGCGAUCUCGUCAACAUGGCCCAGAACCGAACCAACGUCAUUCCGAUCGUCGAAGACGCCCGCCAUCCGAUGAAGUACCGCAUGCUUGUACCCAUGGUAGACUGCAUCUUUGCCGACGUCGCCCAGCCUGACCAAGCCCGCAUCGUCGCCCUAAACGCGCACAUGUUCCUGAAAGUGGGCGGAGGGGUUGUGAUAUCCAUCAAGGCGAACUGCAUCGACAGCACGGCCCCCCCAGAAGCCGUCUUCGCUCAAGAGGUGCAAAAACUCCGAGCCGAGCGUAUCAAGCCCCAGGAGCAACUGACGCUAGAACCCUACGAACGAGAUCACUGUAUCGUGAUUGGACAAUACCAAGAGGCGCAAUAGGCACAUCAUAGGCUGAGAACAGAAACCUAUCCUGUGUUGUAUCAAAGUCUGGAAUGUGACGACGGUAAAAAGUCCACGCGGUUCAUAGUUCAUGGGAUGGAGUUAUUCCCAUCGGGACAAGGCGACUAGGCGUUUAGGGGUAAUUUUGGCUCAUGGUCUUUUCAUCUGCGCAUAGCUUCUGCAGGGACGACGAAGUCUUCAGGUUAAUACCACGUUAGGCAGCUCCACCCGUCUGCUCAUAUAUUCAGUGUGAUGAUAAUUUGAUGUGACGAUAGUUCCUCGAGGUUUCGUGGCGGGGUCGAGCACGCAGCGACGCGCGUCUUGCGAUCUAGACUUCCGACCCUCGGUGUUUCUCGAUCCCUAAUUAAACCUUGCCUACAGGCCUCGUUGUGCCUAUGUGAAUCUUAGCCCGGCCCGUCAAAGGCGCUCGGAUAAUCCACCAAUAACACGUACCUACGUGCGUGAUUCAAGGGCCUGGCCUGGUCCCCUG